AUGGACACACUCACUAAUUACUGCUCAAGUUUACAGCUGAUGAAGAUUAUGGAACCAAGUGAGACGAUUUUCGGCUAUUGUGAGCAAAAGUUGGAUAGAUAAAAAUAAUGGCAGCGAUACAGGAUCGUGAGAGUGAAUUUCAAGUAAUAAUCAUAGAGCCGUUUUAUGGGGGAUCCCACAAGACAUUUGUCGACACAUUUGCUUGUAAUUUGGAGGAAAAUGGAACAAAAUACAACAUAGUCACUCUUCCAGCUAAAAAAUGGCACUGGCGAGCGCGAUGUAGCGCUUUACAGCUUUAUUCGAAAAUUGAACAUGUUGAACUAAAAUCGAAAGGUCUGCUUUGGUGCAGUUCAGUUUUAAAUCUAGCCGAACUAUUAGGACUUCGUCCCGAUUUUGGCAAGUGUAGAAAAAUUGUCUAUUUUCACGAAAAUCAAUUGAUAUAUCCUAUCCAGCAGAUCAAGAAGAGAGAUAUCCAGUAUGCUCUAAAUGAAAUCACCACAUGGUAAAAUAUUGUUCAAAUAUUACGAUUGCAGUACUGUUUUUGUAUAUUAUUCUUAUAUAAGUGCAAGAGGUGGGGUUGGUAGUCUGGAGAGCUAAGCUUAAUAAGUCAUUAACGAUUUUGGAUUGUUUUGGCGUGGUGGCUUGAAGAAACGAACCGCUAUCUAAAAGACCAGCUUAUCAAUUUAAAUCUGUAAACAGACAACGAUCCACAGGUGUGAGUGAUUCUGAAGGUCAACUGAUGGAAGAUCGGAAACUGAAAAAGACCCAUGAUUGUUGGAUUUUUCGUUCUCCAGUAAGAAUAGCAUACUCUUCAAUUUUAGCAAGUGAUUUGGUCCUCUUCAACUCAGAAUUCAAUAGAACUUCUUUUUUGGACAACAUCAGCAAAAUAAUAAAGAUGAUCCCAGAUAACAGACCAAAAAAUGUCAGAGACAUUAUCGAAAUGAAAAGUAGAGUUAUGUAUUUUCCAGUAAUGUUCCCAAAAUUAGUUCCAACAACUGCUACCAAACCUGUUGUAUUACAGAUAGUGUGGCCACAUAGAUGGGAGUUUGAUAAAGACCCGAAUGAAUUCUUUGAAGUGAUGAUGGAGUUGAAAAAAGGUAAUAUGGACUUCCGAAUAUCAGUUUUGGGAGAGCAGUUCACCGAUGUUCCACAAGUCUUUGAACAAAUGAAGUCUGAUAGUGAUCUGAAAGAUAGAUUCACACACUUUGGCUACGUGGAAAGUAAAGAUGACUAUUAUAAAAUUCUCAGAAACAGUCAUGUGGCAGUUUCGACGGCGAAACAUGAGUUUUUUGGCGUUUCAAUGUUGGAGGCAACAUACUGUGGAUGUUUACCAUUGCUACCAAACAGACUUGUCUACCCAGAAAUCUAUCCGGGAGGCUGCCUUUAUAAUGACAGAAAAGAACUGAUUGGCAAACUGAAAGCAUACUGUGAAUGCCCACAAAAAGCAGUAGAUGAUAGACAGAAUUUAUGUAUCGAUUUCGAAAAAUAUAGCGCUGAAGCGUUGUCAUCAAAGUAUUUGGAAAUAUUGAAUGAAUAAAUGUAUGUUUUUAUUACAAA